AGCGCUAUGCACCCGCCAGCCGGCAGCUUUCCCCCAGAUGAGGAACCUCUGAUCGAGGAGUCCACGGUGAGCAGGUACAGCCGGCAAAAGCCAAGUGACCGCUUACAUGGCACCUACAUUAUUUUUUUCCUCCUGGGCAUCGGGUCCCUGCUGCCCUGGAAUUUUUUCAUCACGGCAAAGCACUACUGGAUGUACAAGCUGCAAAACUGCUCGGAUCAGGCAGGCCCGGCGGGACAGGCAGCAACAUCGGAUCUGCGGGACUUUUUUGAGAGUUACAUCUCCAUUGCUUCGACUGUGCCCUCGGUGCUGUGCCUCAUCGGAAACUUCUUGCUCGUCAACAAGGUGCCUGCCAGCGUCCGGAUCCUGUCCUCCCUCUUCGUCAUGCUGGCCGUCUUUCUGGUGAUCACGGUGCUGGUGAAGGUCGACACCUCCGCCUGGACCACCGGCUUCUUUGCCCUCACCAUCGGCUGCGUGGUCGUCGUCAGCAGCGCCUCGACCGUCUUCACCAGCAGCAUCUUUGGCCUGAGCAGCUGCUUCCCCAUGAAGAACUUGCAGGCGCUGAUCUCAGGUCAGGCCAUGGGCGGCACGAUCAGCGCCGUCGCCUCCUUGAUAGACCUGGCGGCAGCGGCCGACGUUACGGACAGCGCCCUGGCCUACUUCCUCACCGCCGACAUCUUCAUCGUCAUCUGCGUCAUGGUGUACCUCCUCCUUCCCAGGCUGGAAUACUCCAGGUAUUACAUGAGCAGCCAGAAGGAGAGCCCGUCUCUGGCCACCGUGCCACCCAACAGCUCGGUGGAGGACGAGGCAGAGCCAGGAGGCACCGCAAAUACCCCCUUCCUUGCAAAAAGCACUGGCAUCCCCCCGCUCCGCCCCAUCCUGGAGAAGACCGCCCUCCUCGGCUUCUGCCUCUUCUACGUCUUCUUCAUCUCCAUCAUCAUCUUCCCUUCUCUCUCUUCCAACAUCGAGUCGGUCAGCAAGUCCUCAGGAAGCCUGUGGAGCACUAAGUACUUUGCGCCACUUACCAGUUUCCUCCUGUACAACCUCGCCGACUGGUGCGGGAGGCAGAUCACCGCCUGGAUCCAGGUGCCUGGCCCCAAGAGCAAGCUGCUGCCCGUCCUCGUCCUCCUCAGGACCGUCUUCCUCCCUCUCUUCAUCCUCAGCAACUACCAACCCCGGGCUCACAUCCAGACGGUGCUCUUCAACCGAGAUGUCUACCCGGUGGUCUUCACCGUGCUGCUGGGGCUGAGCAACGGCUACCUGGGGACGCUGGUCAUCAUCUACGGCCCCAAGAUCGUGCCGAAAGAGCUGGCCGAGGCGGCCGGGGUGGUGAUGACGUUUUACCUCAUGCUGGGGCUGGCCGUGGGGUCCGCCUGCUCCGUUCUCAUUGUCCACCUCAUGUAGAGGAGCAGCCAGGGGGGAUGCCCUCGGUUUGCGGUGCUGCUGUUGGGUAUUUAGGUUUUGUUUUUUGUUCCCCAAAAAGCCUGGCAUGCCACGGUUUUGGGGCAGGCUGCCUGUCUUGAGGGGGGGGCGUUGCAUCCAGGGGGAGAGCCCUCCUUCUGGGAAGGGGUGUCCCCUGUGCUUGGGAGGUCCUGUUGGACGUUUGUCACUCCCCGGCUCAACCAAAGCAAAUGGACCAAAAAAAGCCUUGUGCUCCCCAAGGAGCUCAGGGAAGCACCGGGGGGGCACAGGGAAACUUGUCCCUCAUCCCAGUGCCAGUGGGCGAGGGUGGCUUGCUGGUGCCACCACACCGGUUUUAAACUGAACCCAGGGCUUUUGACGGCACCUUGGGUUUCGCUGCCUCAUUGUUACGAGUUUAGCCCUGCAGUGGUUUGGUGGUCGAGGGGAUCCCCCUUCAUCAGGCUGUGAUGGUGGUGUUAAGCUAAAGGGAAUUUGAGCCCUGGAGCACCUUCAAGCAAGCUCCGGGAGCAGAGAGUAGCCGCACAAGAGAGCAGGGCACUGUUUUGGGGGGGAUUUCAUACAUUUCGUGCCACAAAAAAGCAUAUAUAAGGGAAAGCUCUCCACUUGAACUUCUGCUUGCUUUAAUUUUUCCAGAUAAGAUUGAAUCAAGGGCUCAUCCACCUCCCAGCACGGUGCUACUAGGGCUGGGGCUGUGUGUCGUGGCCAACCGGAGACCAUUUCUCCUGCUGUGACCGCGGUUGUGGACACAGACUUACCUGUCUGCAGCUGAACCCCAAGGAAAGCGAAAUGCUAAGGGGUCCUAACCUAAGGUUUUUAAGGUGCCUUUAGUCUGCAUUGAGGAAGGUCUAUAAAAGCCAGGGAGAGGUAUUGGAGAGGCUCUGACGUGAUGGUCACAGCAGAAAGCUGAUUAAUUUACAUAGGCGGGCUGCAUAUGGUCUCCAGAUGUUUUCGGAGGGGUGAGCUACUGUGACACCCAAAAAUACAGCCCACCCAAAGAGGACUGGCUUUUAAAGUCACUUUAAAUAUGCAAAUGCAACCUGGACCGAAUUCAAUAAUUGCAUUUAUUUUCUCAAAUUGGGUGGAUUUAUGGUCUAGGAGAGGUGAACUGGUAAGCAAGGAUGUAACGGCAUAACUUGGCAUUGCAGCUGAUGCCUCAGGGCUACUAUCUAUGGAAAAUACUUCCUCUAAGACUGGGUUAUUAGCAGGUGUUCUGUUAGUGGGAUGCUCUCUCAGCAUCUCCCACUUGACAGAGUAGCGGCGAAGCUGCUGGGCUGGGUUGUGGGUCCGUCUCCCUGCUGUGCUGGAUGUGGUGGUUAGCAAGAGGGACGAUGCGGGGCUGGUGCCUUUCCACCCGUGGGAACCCUGGCUUUGCUGGGACAACAGCAGGAUCGACGGUGGUUAUUGCCAUGGGGUGACACGUUGGCUUGGUGGGUGUUGGGUUUUUUUAUAUAAAUCCUUUCCAGUGUUUAGUUUGGGCUUGAUGGCAGUACACACGCAGUUUUGCUUUACGGUUGGUUUUUAUUUAAACAUAAAAUCCAGACAUGAGUGGAAAAUUUACAGGGCGUGCUGUACCAAGGAGCAGCUUUACGGCACGUGACUUUGCACGUGCGGGCUCUUAAUCCCGUCGCUUCAGUAGGUUUGCAGCCCUUUAGCCCCUGACUCUUGGCCAGGGGCAGCUUUGGCCAGCGUUGACCCCGGCAAAGGUCCACCUCAGCUCAAAGGGCAGCCCAAGGGUAGCAAUGCUGGCUGGGUGCUGCUCAUGGGGGUAAGCGCUCCCAUCGCCUCUGUGGGUGCUGGAGCAUUGCUUGGAGUGAUGUGGUACUCGGUCGUGGCUGAAAAGCCCAAGCCAACCUCGUGCUGGCAACCGAAACAUCCCUUUGUGGCCUUCAAUGCUUCACACUUGAGAGCUUCUU